AUGGCUCGAAUCAAUCAGCCUGCCGGUCAAGGCAAAACCGCCACCGGUUUAGGUGGGAAGGGCCUUGGCAAAUCCACUGCAAAGCGCCAUCGUAAGAUCUUACGCGACAACAUCCAGGGCAUUACAAAGGGUUCCAUCAGACGCAUGGCUCGUCGCGGUGGUGUCAAGCGUAUCUCCGGCUCGAUCUACGAUGAAGUCCGUAUUGCGCUUCAAGAAAGACUGCGCACGCUUCUCCAAGACAUCUGCGCUGUUCUUGAGUGCACUAAACGCAAGACGGUCACCGUCCCUGACGUAGUCUUUAUUCUUAACCGUCAUGGUAUCCCCAUCUACGGUUUUGAUGCUCCAUUCCGCACUCGCAACUAA